AUGAAGCUCUCGCAAAUCGCACUAGUAUCCGCUACCGCCGUCGGCGCGGCUCUCGCCGCGCCCGCGGCGCAGACCACCGUGACAGAACACGUCCACCAGGAGCACACCGCCACGGUGCGCGCGGCGGUGUACGUCGAUAACGGUUCGACGUACACGUCGCUGACCACGGAGCAGCCCUCCGACGCGGUCGCUACCGCGACCGCCUCGGCGAGCGAGGCCACCGGCUCCGUCGUCGUCGUUGUGACGACCUUGUACGGCUCGGGUGCGGCGUCGUCCGCGCCAGUAUCGUCCGCGGAAUCGACUUCGUCCGCGCCUCUAGUGACCGCGGUGGCCCAGAAGGCCGCGGCCGUGUCCGAGACCGCCAGCGAGUCCAGCGAGGCUGCGACCAGCAGUGCGGCGAGCAGCGCUGAUGCGGGCACCAGCGCCGCAGAGACGUCCGUCGCGGCGUCGACGUCGUCGUCCGCUGCGCCCGAGACCACCACCGUGGCCGCGACCUCCGAGUCGUCCACCUCGUCCACCUCGUCGCCCGCUAAGACCUCGACCUCCGCCGCUGAAACCUCCUCGUCCGCCGCUGCUGAGACCUCUAUUUCGACCUCGUCGCCUGCCGCGACCUCGUCCGCGUCGUCCACCUCGUCCUCCGCCGCCGCGUCGUCCACGUCCGGCUCCUCGUCCUUCGCCUCUGCCAUCCUCCAGGCCCACAACGACAAGCGUUCCCUCCACCAGGACACCUCGUCUCUCUCGUGGUCCGACGAGCUCGCUUCCUACGCGCAGGACUACGCCGACAACUACGACUGCUCCGGCACCCUGACCCACUCCGGCGGGCCCUACGGUGAGAACCUCGCGGCCGGCUACUCGGGCACCGGCGCCGUCGACGCCUGGUACAGCGAGAUCAAGUCCUACGACUGGUCCGACCCUAACUACUCCUCCUCCACCGGCCACUUCACCCAGCUCGUGUGGAAGUCCACCUCCGAGGUGGGCUGCGGCAUCAAGUCCUGUGGCAGCGGCACGGGCGACUACGUUAUCUGCUCCUACAAGAGCGCGGGCAACGUCAUUGGCAGCUUCGCGGAGAACGUCAAGUCAUUGAAUUAA